AUGAGCCGAUUUGCGAACGCACUAUUCUUUUUGAUGAGCUUGGGAUUGACAGCCCACAGUUUACAUGAUCGGGCCAUGGCCUAUGGCUUUGACGACAUUGAACCAUCAGCCAACCUCACAUGGGCACCAUGCUUUGAUGCCUUUGGUUGUUCCAGAUUGGAAGUCCCUUUGGACUAUGCGAAUAGAAGUCUUGGUACAACGUCGAUUGCCUUCAUCAAGCUGGCUGGCAAAAAUGCCACCGUCGAGUCUCCAAGCAUUGUACUCGUACCUGGCGGCCCGGGUGGAUCUGGUGUCGACCUCCUCCUCACAUACCAGACUCUCGUCGGGCAAAUGUUUGGAGAGCAGUACAACUUCGUCUCCUUUGAUCCUCGCGGUGUGUACAACAGUGGCUUGCAUCUAGACUGCUUCUCAGGGGUUGCAGAGGCAAGAUUGGCUUUCUAUCGACUACACAGGACAGGCGCUUCUAACAUCUCUUCGACAUCGUUCGAGGAACAGUACUAUUCAAGCUCUAUUUACGGCGAACGGUGCAACAAUGCCGUGGAAAACAAGUCGCCCCAUUCGUACUAUGUGACUACGCCCGCCGUUGCUCGUGACUUGCUCACAUUUACCGAAGCUGAGGCUGAGAUGGCCGGACAAUCACCAUCAGCCGCUAAAUUGUGGUGCUAUAGCAUCAGCUACGGCACUGUCAUCGGAAGCACUUUUGCUUCCAUGUUUCCUGAUCGCGUUGGGAGAAUGGUACUCGACGGUGUUUUGAACGCAGAGCAAUAUUACAACAACUAUUGGACAGACAAUGUCGAUCAAAUGGACGAGGCCUUGGCAACGUUCUCGACCUUCUGCUAUUCUGCAGGCCCUGCAAAUUGCUCAUUUUGGGGUCCCACGCCGGCCAACAUCACGGAAAGAAUGGAUGGCAUCAUCCGUCAACUUCAGAACCAUCCCGUUGCGCUGAGCGGCGUCGGCGAUCCAGAUCUGCUGCCAACAAUGGUCACCUAUUCAGACCUGAAGACUCUCUUUCUCAACACACUUUACACCCCUCUCGCAAGUUUUCCUAGCAUGGCCGAGAUCCUACGCCAGGCCGAACAGGGGAAUUUCUCCGCUCUCGCCGGCAUGUAUGACCAGUCAAAUUCUAUAACCGAUGCCCGUCUUGCCAUUACAUGCACCGAUUCCUAUCGGAGAAACAAGCUUACUACCAUUGAAGAGUUCAAGACUUGGGCGGAGUACACGAUAUCCAAGAGCAAGUACAUCGGUGAUAUUUACCCAAUCUAUCUAGAAGGUAUCUUAUGCCGAUCGUUCCGACCGCAGUUGCCUGAUAGCAUGGACAUUCGGGGCUGUGAUGCAGGCGAUAUCAGCGCACUAAAGGUGCCUACGGCCUUCCCGAUCCUCUUUGCGAGCAACACCAUCGACCCCAUCACGCCGUUGAUAUCGGCGCGCAAGAUGUCCUCUCGGUUUGCCGGAUCGGUGCUUUUGAUGCAAGAAGCCGUUGGUGUAAUGUAUGCUUACACGCGGAAUGUUUCCGUGGUAUUCAGCAUACGGUCAUUGACCAAGGGGCGUCGGACUGUUACUUUGGAAAGAUUCAGGCAUACUUCCAUGGCAUAG